ACUGCUGAAUGGGACUCUAUCUAUCCAUAAUUUUUCCUGCAUAACGACACAGUCGAGGAGGAAAAAAACGAGUGUAAAAUAGCUAUCAGCUCGUCCCCACUGCUAAAAUUAGUUACAUAUACGAACGAAAUCUCAUCAUCAUCUGAAUCCCAGCAAGUGUGUGAUUGAUUUGAUUCUGUGCAAUAUUUUCCCCCUCCGUGCAUGGCGUUGCUUGGUUUUCUCUACCUGUGAAUUGUACUUACCAACAAAAAGAACAAGUGUCAAGUUACGCAGAGAAGAGAUCUCAUCUCAUCUCUGAUUCUAUUAGAUGUAUAUCCAUCACCCAUUCGCAUCUUACUCUCCUCUGCCUGCCAGUUAGAGACAGAGUUAGAUUUUUUACCAUUUCUCUGCUCGUUUUUUUAUCGCCUACAACAAAUCAUUACUAGGAGUAAUUUAUUUACUAUAUAGUCGUGGCCACUACUGCAUCGUCUUCUUCAGGUGGGUAAUUGUAUGUGCCAAAUCGUCAGGUAGGAAGAAAAGGUUCAUUUCAACACCAUACGGACGGAUAUAAGGAGUUGUUUUCAUUUUGUAAAGAAGCGAAGCCCACCACGUGAAAAAGCUUUCCUGUUGAGCCAGUUUUAUGACUCGUCUAGUUUUAAAUAUUUGUUUAAACUCCGUAGUGUCGUGCUAAUGGGGGAACAACUGGGAAAAAAAUCGGCAUAACAUAGGUAAUCGAUUCUUUUGAGUAGUUAGUUGGUCCCUCAUAUGAAAAAGAAUCAAGUCGACGGUCUAGUUUUAAUCGUAAGUGAGUGAGUGGCUCUCCUCGUUGUGAAGUUAGUAGUAAAUUAUUAAUCAACUAAGGAGUUAUUUGUGCUGCACACAUUUAUUUCCCAUUUUUAUAUUUCUUCACAGUUUUGGCAGAGGCUACCAAACCACAAGCUUUUCUGUGUUACAUAUUAUUGAGUGGUUGGUUGGCAGUAAAUGAUGGAAAUGUGUGCAUAAUAAUAAACGUGUUCGAGAGGAAUAGGCAACCUGUGGAUUGCGAUAUGUUUAGGAUUCUCUCAUGACCAGCAGCAGCACAGAGUUGGCAAAGAGUUGAGUAGAAAUUUUAUUGUUCAGCUUGGAAGCUAUUAUCAUCACGGAGUGAGUGAAGGCUAUUUAUUUGCUGCUCGAUUAAAACCUUGGUUAAAAAUUAAUUGUGGAAAAGAGUGUGGUUUUAAGUUUCUCAUUUUUACGUAUGCAUGCAUUACGUAUACGCACUGGGCAUUCAGUUAGUGAGGAAAAGGCCGUCCGUCCAUGUGCAUGCCGUUCCAGUGUGGUUUAAUAAAUUGCUGGUGCAGUUUUGUCACCAGUGUGAUAUAAAUAAGUGAGUAAAGUGGUGGUGGUUGUGAGCUACAGCUACAGAUAAAUUUUGCAUGCAACAUAGUUGAUUAUUGAAACUGCGUUAUUUACGCUGGUUGAUGACCUGGUCAUCUUAUUGAGUGAGAAGAUUCGAUUAGAUAUUGUUUGGUUAAGCAGAUUUCGUGUCAUUUUGCCCCCUUUUCUCGAAAAAUGGAAACAUACAACCAAUCUCAGUACAAUACUGGGUACAAUCCGUACAAUCCUUAUCCGUACCAUUACCAUCAAAAUCAUCAUCACGGUCACCAUAAUCUGGACUACGUUGAUAACAGUCACCACGCUGGUGAAGGCUACGGCCAUAAUAUGUACAAUGCCAAUUUUGACCAUUUUUACUACCACGAUCAUGAUCAGGAUCUGACCCCACCGGAACCAAUGAUACUCCUCCCACAACAAUUUGGGGCGGAGGGGCACCAUUCCCCGGAGGAAGUGCAAGUACACAGUCCUCCUCCUCCACUGGCGGCGUAUGAAAUUGUGCUCUCCUCACCCAAGAUUCUGUCAAAAAUCCUGGUCCACUUCUCCAUCCAAGAAUUGAAAGAGAAACGCCACGUAUGCAAAGUAUGGGAGGAAGAAAUAUGCACAAUUUUACGGGAUAAAUUGGUCAUCCAUUUCAACAACUAUAAAGGAAUGGUAUCGUACGGGAAAUGCAUGGAAAGGAAUCCCUCCUUCUGCUCUGUGUUCUCCUUCGGGGCGAUAAUUUCCCUUGAUGGGUCUUACAUUCAAUAUUGGAUGGCCCUCUUUGGCCCCCACAUUCGCUCGUUGGAGCUUCAAUCGAGAAAUUUAGGGGUGAAGACGCUCUCCCAAAUAUUGCAGCAUGUCCAAAACGUGGAGCGAUUGAUCCUCCAAGAAACCGGGGACGAAGUAGAGGACAAAGAAGUGACCACUUGUUUGAACCAACUAGCAAAACUAAAAUAUUUGAAAUUUCACGCCAAUUCCCCCUCCAUCGAGAAGAAUCCUGCCAAGGCCAAAAUUAUGAAACGCUUGUGCCACGAAAUUCUGAGAAUUGCACCAAACCUUGCUCAAGUCGAGGUAAAUCAAAUCAAGGAUGGGAACAUUUUGUCCAGAAAUUUGGAAAUGAUGAGCGACCUAUCGAAGAAUGCCGACCUCCUCAAUGAACCCGCACCGCUCGAGAUUCUCCUCUGGUCAACCCUUCUGGAGUCACAAUUUGCUCAAAAUAUAGCCAAACUCGAGCUAAACGUAAAGCUCACGUCGGCCUGUGUUCAAUCCCUCACGGACAAAAAGUUCCCCCUGAAAUGGAUCGAUCUCAAAAUUCUGGCGCAAGUUUCCAACCAAGUUUUGCACGGAUUUCUGACCUCCGUUCGCGAGACGUUGGUGAAUAUAAAAAUCCGUUACUGUGGGGGUCCCAGGUUGCCGUAUGAGGCCGAUUUUCCCCUCACGGAGUCGUUCGGACUCGUGAAAAGCGUCCAUUUAGAGCGGUACGAGGGGAGUUUGUGGUUCACCGAGAAGACGCCAAACCUCAUCUAUCUCUCAUUCGCCAAAAUCAAUCUGAACAAAGUGGUCCUCAAGGAUGUCGACUGUUUGGGCGAAGGCGUACACGGAAACUUGAAAAGUUUCCGGGUUCAUGAAGAUUUCUCCAAUAACGUCGGCCCCAACAGGCAAAGGUCCAUCCAGACCGUGCAGAAAUUGGGGAUGCAGUUCCCCUCAGUGCGAAGGUUGCGUUUGGAACGACUCGUGGAUGAAAGUCUUUGUCUCAUUUACGCCCAGUGGCCAAAUUUGGAGGAGUUGGAAAUCGUGCACGGCCUAUUUUCUGACGCCGGGACGACGGCGAUGCAUCCCAACGCGUACAAAGUGAUAUUGAGGGAGGAGGCGUACGAUAACUUUAAUGUGGACGCGUUAAGACAGGGCCUGUUUCUGGGGAGCUUGUCAAAAUUGACCAGGGUAAAAAUCCAUUCGCCCAACGUAACUGAUGUCACUCUGAUUUUGGGAGUGUUGCCGUGUCCAAAUAUUCGAUCAGUGAGCGUCCAAUCGUUCAAGAUCACGGACACCUCGUUGUACCGGCUAGUCAACAAACCCAGCAUUUUGAACAUGUCGACGAAAAACUGCAGUCAAUUGACGCCCGCAGCCAUGAGUUAUGCAGGGAAAGCGAUGUCCCUCCGUGGGGGAUCGACUAGUCUGAACAAGUCCAAAAUCUCGCUGGAUGUCAGUCAGACGAUAAAAUUCCUCGAGAGGAAUCCCACGUGUCGGGUGCUAUUGAAACGACUGAGUAUAUCGCCGCCUAAAAAACCUGAUUUUGUGGAAAAAAGUUCAAAACAUGAUGUUCAAAAUGAGGAGGAGAAGGCGAAACCUGUUGCUCUUGCGGACCCUUCUCCUGCCAAGGAAAAAGCAAAACGCGGUCGACCCCGCCUAAUUCCUCGCCCUUCGCCGCAGGAAGGUCAAACCCAAGCGCCCCCUUCUGCGGCCACUCAAGCGCCCGCUCGAGCUCCCACUCUGGCACCCGCUCCAGCGCCUACCGUUCGACAGAGGAGAACCCGAAGUUUCAACAAAAGUGGUCAAAUCGUACAAAACCCGACGGAAGAGAACGUAAUCCUCGCUGCUGCUGAUGUUCAAAUUGACCACGUGGUCGUCUCGAGCGUUCCCCCGAUGAAGGAUGAUUCUGUUACAGAUAAUAAAUCCAAAAAGGCAAAAUUAUCUGCUGAUGAUGAUGACAUUCAAAUUGUCCACGUGGUCGCCCCCGCCGUCCCCCCGACGAAGCAAUUUUCUGUUCCUGCUGCUACAGAGAAUAAAUCCAAAAAGGCAAAAUUGGUAUCUUCUCGUACGACCCGACAAAGCCGUCCGAUCCGAAAUACGGGCUCUAUUUUCCGAAGAUUUUCCGAUUUUGAAUUAUUUUAAGUGAAAGAUUUUACUGUAAUCCUUUGUGUUCAGAUAUUUACAUUUACAUAUUUAGGUUGCUAGAUUAUGCAUGCAGCGUGGUGGUCUGGUCACAUUGACCCUUGAAGCAGGUUUGGAUUGGGAAAUAGAUAAGAAGGAUGUCAAUGCCAACUCCCUCAAUUUUUGUGUUCACUCAAAUUAUUUUUAUGUCUGAUGAUGAUGGGAUGGGGACACACGGAUCUGGUUUAUUUGCACUUCUGUAGCCCCACCCAUACCAGUUCUACAACAGCUCCUGGACAUUUUUAUGCCCUCAUAGCUACUACACAUUUACUUAUGUAUGAAUCUACGUUGAUCGGGUGUGUGCUUCUUUCUGCGAAUGUAUGAAUGUGUGCAAAUAUUUGCUGCAUUAUGUAAUCGGUAAAAUGUGGCGUGUCUGGAAUUUUUCCUCCCCUGAAAACAGGAUUUAUUGUAGAAUUGUUGUCUUUAUUGGGGACGAUUUAUAUGUAUGUAUACGCGUCCCUGGUACUCGCUAUCUGAUAAAAUCUAUUACAUGUACACAACACAGACCAAGGUCACGAUCCGAUCGUGAAAUAAAUUCAAUUGUGUCUGCAGAGUAAUGCAUGCAAUUAACUUUUUGCCAAGAUUUGUUUAAUACCUACAAAUUUAUGUACAAAUGUAUGUACGUACCCAGCACCAGAUUGGUAGCUUAGCUGACUUUGUAACAAUGAUGCAAAUCGUGAAUAAAUUCUGGUUGGUGUUGUAAA